AUGUACUCCCCCAUCGCACUUUUAUACCUCUUCCUUGCCCCUCCGGCUGUGCUCGCUUCCGGUGGGCUGGCCACAUCCAACGAGACAAGCCUCACGAAGCGCGUCGACCACGACGACCAGCGCAUGACCUGGUUCGACGUUGGCCUCGGCGCAUGCGGGCAGAUCAGCACUCCCGAUCAACACAUCUACGGCACCGGCAAGUUCUGUGGCCGGGAGAUCACCAUCUCCUCCGGCGGGAAAAAUACGACCGCCAUCGUUGUCGACAGCUGUCCCGGCUGUCCCCAGUACGGCCUCGACCUCUCCGUGGGCCUCUUCGGGUUCUUCGCGCCCACCAGUGACGGAGUCAUAUACGGCGACUGGCACUUCGACUGGGUGGGAUUCGUGCCGGAAUGA